AACAAAUCAGAGUUCUGCUGGGAAAACUCGAAGCAGUAGUUGAACUGUGAACAACCUUCAGAUUUUCCCUCUGAAAUGUCAGCGAUAUAUAAAACAGUAAUAAAAUCAGUUGAUAGAUAUGUACCUGCGAAACUACAGCCAUUAUGGAAUCAUGCUGCUGGUCCGAAAACCGUAUUUUUUUGGGCUCCUGGUUUCAAAUGGGCUCUAGUAAUAGCUGGUAUUGGAGACAUGGCAAGACCUGCUGAAAAACUAAGUCCCUCUCAAUCAACUGCUUUAGCUGCUACAGGAAUAAUUUGGUCAAGAUAUUCUAUGGUGAUUAUACCAAAAAACUGGAGCCUAUUUAGUGUAAAUAUUUUUGUAGCAUUAACCGGACUUUAUCAAUUAUCCAGAAUAUAUAAGUACAGACAAUCAUUACCUAAAGAUGCUGUAACACAAUAAGGCAAGCAUUCUGUGUAUAAAAUGUGCAAUAUUUGUAGAUAAAUACAGCUUUGAAUUAAUUUUUCAAACUAAUAUAUUUGCUCACACUUUACAAUUUUAUCCUCUUGCUGCCAUAUUGUUGCGCUCAUGAUUAUUAGUACUGUACAGAAUUAUAUUGAUUGUUUUUAAUUAUUUUGAUGAAUUUCUACUUUAAUCUUCUACUGUAUUGAAUUUAGAAAAAUAAAUCUAAUGUAGUUUA